AGAAUCUUGACAUAUGGAUUUGUUAACCUGUAAUGCAUGCAUUAAUGUUCUCUGAAUCUCCAAAUUAGUCAUGAAAACCCCAUUUCCCAACUCAGCCCCUUAAAUAAUUUGUCUCAUCUCCUCUCAAUAUAUAAAGACCUCAUUGGCUUCUCCAUUCAAGCAACCCAAUUCUCUUCUUCAUCCCCUUUCAAUUAUAAAUAGUUUGAAGAGCAAAAGAUAUUUGCCAAGCAAUAAGCAUGACUAGAAAGAAGGUGAAACUUGCAUGGAUAGUCAAUGACAGUGCUAGAAGAGCCUGCCUCAAGAAAAGGAGGUUAGGCUUGUUGAAGAAAGUCAGUGAGCUGACCACUCUGUGCGGUGUCGAUGCUUGUCUUAUCGUCUAUAGUCCCAACGUAACCGAGCCAAUGUUCCACAAAAUGCCCGAGUCGGAACGGCAGAAGAAAAUGAUGAACCAAGAAACCUAUCUCACAGAUAGGGUUACCAAGGCGCAAGAACAGCUGACGAAGUAUCAAAGGAGAAACAAAGGGGUUGAGAUGAACCAUCUCAUGAAUCAAAUCGAUCAAGACAAGGGGCUUGAUGAACUUAACCUCACGGAACUGCAUGGGCUGACUUGGUUGGUGGAAGAGAAGAUGAAGGAGAUGCGAAAACGUAUUGAAUUUUUUCAGCAAGUUCCUUUCGUAACAGCCAGCCCCCGCGCUCAUGGUGAUCUUUCUCUUCCUCCCUCAAGCCCUGCAGAUGAUCUAACGGCCCGAAUUGGCGGUGCCAGUGGUGGCCUUGGAGGAGAUGUGAGGAGUACUCACGCCGAGUCUUUGCUGUGGGAUCAAUGGUUCAUCGAUAUGAUGAAUAACAGUGAAUUCAAAUCUGGAGCUAGAAGCAGUACCAUGAGGAGUGAUAUAGGCUUACCAGAUUAUCACCCAUGUUCUGGUAGUACUGCAGAUGACCGGGGGCAGCCUAGACAUUCAUUUGGCGGCAGCUGGAGUGUUGCAGCUGAAAUGGGGCAGCCCCCGUAUGGGAAUUUAAGACAACCCACAUCUGAUUUGGGGCUAGCUCCUCUGAGUUCAGGACCUCAUGAUGGUGCAAGUGACAUUGGGCUGCCUCGUGGGAGUGCUGGAAGCAUCAAUGUUGGCCCUUUUGGGAGUGACAGUUGA